UCUGGCUUUUGCGGACAAUGGCGAAUGCGAGCACAGUGCUGGCAUGUUUAGGCCGCCCUUUCCAGUUGGGGAUGUUGUAUGACUGUCGUUCAGACUCUCUGAUCCCAGGUGUCACACUGUGGGACUUGGAUACAUUGAAAAACAACCUGGACACACGAUCUCAGCACAACACUGGGUUUCACAUCAUUGCCUCAGACUCCAUUGAGGAAAAAACUCAUGCUCUGAAUAUCACCGGGAGUUUGAAAGGGAGCUUUUUGGGUGGACUAUUGAAGGUGGAAGGUUCUGCAAAAUUCCUGAAUGACAGAAAGAAAUCUGAACAGCAGGCACGAGUGACCCUCCAGUAUUCCACAACAACAAAGUUUGAGCAGUUGACGAUGACCCACUUGGGGAGACAGAAUGUUUCAUACCCCUAUGUGUUUGAACAGGGCACAGCAACCCACGUGGUCACAGCAAUGCUGUAUGGCGCUCAGGCAUUCUUUGUAUUUGAUCAAGAAGUCUCUUCCUCAGAGAGCCUAACAGAUACUCAGGGUAGAAUGAAGGUGGCAGUUAAUAUCAUACCAAAAUUGAGAAUCCAUGGUGAAGCUUUAUUGAAUAUGAAAAGCAAAGUAAAAGCAAAUUCCCAGAAAUUCAAUUGCACAUUUUAUGGUGAUUUUGCACUUGCAAGCAAUCCCACCACAUUCCAAGAUGCUAUGAAAGUUUAUUCAGACCUGCCAGGAUUGUUGGGGGAGGAUGGAGAGUAUGCAGUGCCUGUCAAAGUCUGGCUUUACCCACUCAACCAGCUUGACUCAAAGGCAGCUCAAUUUGUGCGAGACAUCAGUAUAAAUCUGCUCAAUCGGUCCCAGCAUGUCCUGGAGGAGAUCAAUGAUGUUAAGAUUAGGUGCGGUGAUAUGAUCAAAGACUAUGUCAGUGUUCAAUGUCCAGAGAUUAAACAAAAGAUUGAGAGGUUCAGAGCGAUGUGUGUGGAGUACCAACAGGGCUUCCAGAAGGCCUUGGCCAAAGUGUUGCCAUCUAUCCGGGGAGGUGGGGAGGAGGAAGGGAAACUGGUUGAUAUUCUGAAGAGCAUGGAACAAUCACCAUUCAGAAGCCAAUCACUCAAACAAUGGCUUGACGACAAGGACAGGGAAAUGUCUGUGGUCAGAGGUUACAUCAGCGAAAUGAAUAAGAUAAAAAUGAUGAAAUCACGCAGUGAGCUGGAUAGGGAGACAAUGGACUUGACCACCGAGUAUGUGGUCUGCUUCAUGUUCACAUCGCUGCACGAGGAAGAUUUGUUUCUGUUAGAAAUGGCCGAAGACCUUCAGUGUGAAGUAACUGAGAAAACCCAGCUUCCAACAUCAGAUCUGAAACAAUGGUUCCACUCAGUGACCGUGUCUCGUGCAAUGAGGGAGCGAGCACGAUUAUUCCUGCGAUUUUACACAGUCAAUAAAGCAGACAAAAACACAAAGUUCAUUGUUGCUUCUGAGCCAGACGAGGAUCAUGUAGGAGCUUCCAUUUAUCUGUAUGAAGGAGGAAUAUUGGUGAGCCGUUGCUUCAAGCCUCCAGCACAACCCCAGGCUCCUUUAGUUUGUGGAAGGAUACAUGACAGUGUAACACUGCGAUUACAGGCACCAGACCCUGGCAAUUGCAAGACUGUACAGUACUGGGUGGAACACCGCAGCGCCCAGGAGGAGGAAUGGAAAUCUCAAAACACAGAGGUAGAAUCAGACUUUUGCACCAUAACUGGUUUAUCUACUUACCAGGAGUAUCAGUUCCAAUACAGAGCAGCAUGCAGCCCACCCAGUGAUAGUGUGCGUGUGACUACACUGCCAACAAGUGCUCCUGAGAAUGUUUCAAUGUGCCUUUUAGAGGGGUUUGAUGUGGAAGUCUCCUGGGACAGUCCUGCUCAGAUUGGACAUGGGGUCACUAUCGAUCACUACAAGUUGGAGUAUAGAGAAACGAGGAGUAGCAUCUCCAGCCCUGAGCCAGACACAUGGGAGAACGUCAUGACGAAAGGCAGUGAAGCUCUUUACAGGUUGAAGGGGCUGAAACCCAACACAUCCUACACACUGAGGGUGUCUGCUGUGUGUGGACAGGUGGGGAGUGCACCCAGUCACCUGGCCUCAAUAACAACAGACAAGAAACCAAAGCCACAGGCCCGAAGGCCACUCAAAGGAAGCACAUUAACAACUGGAAGCAAAACUAUUUACAAGCUCCCGUUAUGGACACAGAAACUUCACAAGAAUGGUGAGAUUAUAAAAUAUGGUUUUGGAAGCCACUCACCCACAUACAGUGUGAAGACCAUCUUGCUCCUUGGAGAAACAGGAUCUGGGAAAAUCAGCCUCAUCAAUGCCAUGAUCAACUACAUCCUUGGUGUGGAACGGGAGGACAUGUUCCGUUACAAACUAACUAUGGAAGAAACAAACAGCUCCGAGGCUGAAACACCUUCACUCAUUGUCUAUGAACUCAACCACCAAGAGGGCUUCAGGAUUCCUUUCUCUAUAACUAUUGUAGACGUGCCAAAAUUUGGAGACGCAGCACAAAAUAAACACAUCCCUGGAUACAUCAGAUAUUAUAAGCUCUCUCAUCAGAUCACAGAUCUCCUGUCUUCCCCAGAGGGCAUAAAACAGAUUAAUGCCGUUUGCCUUGUUGUCCAAACCUCUUUCGUGCAAUUAACUUCUGAACAGGAAUUUCAAUUCAGUUCAUUUCUUUCCACUUUUAGCAAAGAUAUUAUUACUGAGAGUGUCCAGUUGCUGGUCACCUUCGCAGACAAACAGUUUCUUCCUCCUUUUCUUGAAGCCAUCACCCAAUCUGAUUUACCAUGUCCCAAAUAUGUUAAUGGGAAGCCAGUUCACUUCAGAUUCAACAUCUCAGCUAUGUUCACCCAGACUGUGACCGCUGGAGAGUCCACCAAUGGCAGAGAUGGCGAUAAUAUCUUUCACAAAAUGUUCUGGAAAAUGGGAUCAAAAAGCAUGAAACGAUUCUUUGUAGCUCUGAGCAAGAUGGAAACCAAAAGUUUGAAAGAGGUUUUUCAGAAAGGUUCAGACAUGUUCUCCUAUGGUUCCCAGUUUCACCCCACAGUGGCGGAAGUCAUGCCACAGCAACAGGGAGUUCAGGAGAUGGUCACCCCAGCUACAAAGAGGGCUCAGAAGAAGUUCUCGGUAGUGGAUACCAGUGACGAUACCUCUGGCAAGAAGAGUCAAAAGGUAAUGGAUGAUCAGAGGGACAAGGGGAAAAACGCCAAUGCUGUUGUUAUCGGGGAACAGUUAAAGGGAUAG